AUGAAGACAACGUACCUGAUAAGCAGCAUUGCGCUCUGUGCUUUGAUUUCACUCUGUUCAGCAAUGAAUCAGCCCAAUCAAGACACUGAGCAAGACGCGACACAGCUUCGAAGAGGCUAUAUACCGGUGGGUGUCUCGGGAGUAGCAUCGCCCCCGAAGCAGCGGCUCACACGUUCCUCUACGGUCUUUAAGCGGGAGAGUGCAAGAGGCUCAGUGAGAAAUUGGAACUGUUUCUACGAAGUGAUGAGCGUGCUCACUGCCUCUGAAGUCGAGGCAAUCAUCACAUAUGAAGUUCACAAUCUCAGGGUGAAGACGCUAGAAGUCCCGAGCUCCGCCGCCAUCGAGCAAGGCCCUUCCAGCUCUUCGGCCAGAGACUCCGUCAAGGGACACACCGAUCAACUCGCCGGGCACUUUGCGACCCUCUCCGCCACACACCACGACAAGAGUUUCGUCACCUUAUUCGGCGGGCCCCUUCCCACCCCCUACGCCCACAUUGCCACGACCGAGACGAGUCCGUUGCUUCAGCUGUCUGCAUCCCAAGACUGA